AUCUGGCGCACAGAUCUGGAUUUCCUGCUGGGAGAACGAGACCGUCUGGUGCUGAGCUUCAUGAUCACCCCUCCCGCCCUCGCGUCUGCCACCUCCAACACCUCCUUUUUACCCUCCACUCCCCUCUCCACAAUGCCGCCCCCCGCCCCUCACUCACUGCCCCUCAGCAUCAAGCAUCCUGUGCGGGAGAUCGCUAUCAACGAUGAAACUCAAUGGGGUCCUGUAUCGGCAGAGAUUGUAAACUUCGCGAUAGCUCUAGUAGUUUACACAAUACGUUACCCGGCCGUGUUCUGGAAUACGAACAAAUGGUUUGGCAUCCUAUUCUCCAUUCAACUACUCGUCAACAGCUGUCAGAUAUUGUUGGUCUACGCUGGAGUAUGCGUCAUCUACAAGGUUCACGUGAUUGGGCCGACUGAAGCCCUGCCUUUACUGCAGCAUCGCUCCACCUUAUCACUGGGUAUUCCACAGCAUUUUCUGCUGAAUGCCCACAUCACACUGGGUCUAUUCCUCAUGUCCACUCUACUAGUCACACUCUCCAGUAUGGUGCUCUAUCUCUAUGGCUAUGGAAGGCUGAACGCAUUCAUGAACCGGCAACGUUCCCGCAACGUGAUCACCCUGGGCUCCGGGGAGGGUAGCGGCCACGGCUGGGGGUACUUCUCGCACUGUGCCGCCCUCAGUGUGCUGGUGGCACUGGCCGUGUGCCAGGCACCCCUGCUCUACGACUGCACCAUCGUCUAUAGGGGUAGUCUCAGCAGUGCAGUGCUCGCCUGUGUUUGUGGCGCUGUCGUCCAUCUUUUUCUAUGGGUUCUUCUCUGGCUUGCACUCACUCUGAAGCAACAUUGGAUCUUCAAGCUCCGCGUGACCGUGGGUCGUGCCGCAGUUAGAUCAGCCAGAUCGAUCCGCCUGGUGACUGAAGUGGAUCUGUUGUCGGCGACUGACGCGACUGCGCCGCUUCUGAUAGUCGGCAACGGACGCACCUACACUGUUGCCGAGACUUCGCCCAAGAAGGCCAUCAUGACUGUCAUCCACAAGUCCAUUCAGGACAAGCGAGGCAAGACAGGAGAACACAGAAGCCAGUCACGUGAUUGGUUGGAGAAGGACGACGAGCAAAUCUAUUGGCUGAGGCCGAAGCCACGAUCUCCCAAGAACUCUCCUGAUUCGUCCACAUCGACUCGCAUCGAUUGGAUCAAAAAGCCCGCCCCAACCAAGCACAAAGUCACUUUUGAUCCAUCCUCCAAGAAGCUAGAGAGAGAUGAAGAUGAUGACGGUGACUAUGCAAGACUGAGAGAGUUGCCACUCCUCACAGCAUCUGUUGACCCUGGUGAUGACACUGCUUCAGAAGAUAAUAAGCUAUUGGAGUGUGUACAGAUGGGCGUGGUCACGUAUGCGAGCACCAAUCGCGACCUGCUACUCCCUGGCGGCGGAUCGAGGGACUACGAGGAUCCCAGUCCCCUCCUCACCCCCGACAGGGAUGACUUGCCUCCUCCUCCCAGUCCUCCUCCGUCCAACCCCUCCCCUCCUCCACCACCGCCUCCUCUGGCCAACCCGGGUGCGGUUAGCGUCGAUACUCCAGCUACUCCACGCUGCUUGAGACGAGCCGACUCAGGUAUGCCUGGGGAGGAGGGCCUGACCCCUCGCUCAGACUCGGUGAGCACUGAGGCAUCCGGCAGUGGGGGGUCCCCACCUGACAACAGUGAGACAUCCAGCGGCGUCCACUCCAGCUCCAGUCGAGAGUCGGCGCAACAACAACAGAGGCGCUCCACAAGUGUCGACGAUCUGGCAACUGAUGCUGCUAACAAGGUCCAGCCACAAUGGAGGAGCUUCUCGCUGCAGCGAGGGGUCCAGCCUCCCCAGGCACAGGAUAUCGUCCACUUUGGCCAGGUGCGCAUGAACGGCAACGCCACUGCGCAUGCGCCGGAACCCAUCUACGGCCCCUAUCGGCCGCACCAGCCGGCCGAACCCAUCUACCGGCCGCACCAGCAUCUGCUCGGGCCCCACGGUCUCCUAAAGAGUCCGCCGGUUAUCAAUGAGGUGGCCGAAGAGGACACUGUUGUCAUCAGGAGGCGACAGAUGAUGAACAUACCGGAGGAGACAGAGAGCGCAUCUGCCUUACAACACCACCAUAACCAACAAAAGCAAAUGCACCUGCAAAAUCAACACAAAAUGUUGCACCAACAAACCCAGCACAUGCUGCACCAACAAAACAUGUUGCACCAACAAACCAUGUUGCAAGAUCAGCGCUACAACCAGUAUUGUUCCCAGGGGCAAGCGGAGACGUCGACAAGUGGCGGCCACACAGUGGUCGCAGUGGGAGGACUCGAGCCACCGUUCGGCCGCUCCACCAACAUGCGGAUGACAUCAUUCACCGACCGACCUGUGACGUCACACACGGACCGUCCAGCCACACUGCCCCACUACCCUACACAGAACAUCGGUGCGGCCUAUCCACACUGCUCCACCAUGCCGCUGCCGGUGUCAACCGGUUCUUUGCCGCCCGGUGUGAACCAUGCCGCCUCGUCCGGUGUGAACCAUGCCUCUUGUCACUCGUUCCCGCGUCAGCAUACUACCAUACCGACCCAUCACAAUGGGGUCAGGUUGUUUAAUCCCAACCCCUACACUAAACGCAUGCCUUUCACGCAUAAAGUGGCGAAUGGACAUGUAGGGGAGCAUCAUUCGUUUCCUCAGAUUAUGAACCUUGUCAAGCAUAAAACCGAGAGGGACUCGGCCAACUUUUCGCUCGCGUCUAGUGGGGACUCUGACUCUUGUAUGCCUCACACAUAGAUGUAAUAAUAGUUGCGUUUCAAGAGUCUAACUUAAGAACACAAUCUCUAGUGUAUUUUAUUCAAUUCCAGAUUAUAAUUAUAUGGGUCUUGAGUCUUUUAGGGCAAGUUUCCGAGCUCGAGAUAACUUCUAGACUUUAAACAGCUGGAGUCAGAAAAUUGGCUUUCCGGAACUGGGUGUAGUCACAGUCCACGUUUAAAUUGAAUUUC